AUGAACCAGACGGUCCUUAACAUCUUGCCCGCGCCCGCUACCAUCUACAGUCUGCCUGCAGAACUUCUCGAGGACAUUCUUCUUCAGUCCAUAUCGGGGACAGAUAACGCUUGGAGCUUAAGCCAUGUGUGUCGCGGAUGGCGUGCGCGCUGUAUGGAUCGCAGUGCUAUGUGGACGUCCAUAUCGUCUCAGCAUUCUGUCCCUCGUUUGGAAGAGACGCUCAGACGCAGCGGCACACAGAAGCUCCGCAUCUUCCUGGGCGUCGAUUACCAACGCGGCAACCUCACUCGCCGAAUACGCUUUGUAGCAGAGGUGGUUAAAGCGUGUUUACAUCGCAUCGAAAGCCUUGAAUUCCACUUGGCAGGGAUGACGUUUGAUGACGUGUUCAAGGAGAUCAAGUUCUCUCCGGGCACAGAGGCGCCUGUACUUCGAACAGUCUAUGUAACAUGUGGCGAAGUCGAUCCUUUCUUGCGCGCUUUCAUCGGCGUUCGUGCACCCGCUCUGGAGCAAGCCAGCAUAGCUGAGAUCGGAGGACUUCUGCCAGAUAUCUCCGCAAUGUGGGACGGUUCUACUCUACAAACUCUUUCCUUGACCGAACUGCGCGAGAUUACUGUGAUGGAGUUGCUGGGACAACUCGAUAGGUGCAAGGGUCUCCAAUGCUUAUCCUUAUCUUCCAGUAGUCUCGAGGACUCUCGUACAAGCCGAACAGCACGAGUCAUGCUACCUCAUCUGGUACAUUUAUCGAUCACACUCGGCCCCAAAUAUAUGGCCGAGCUACUUAACGGACUGGAACUCCCUACGUUGAUGACAACGUCGUUCAUGCCAGCAAGCGUCCACUACGAAGAGGACUGGUCAGCAUAUACGCAAUCGCUCGACAAUCAUGUGCAAGGUCUUGUGGGGUCUAUCCUACGUACGAUUGCCCCACUCUUGCGCCGCCGUCGGUGCUCGAGUAUACACCUUCAAGAUGACUUGGUUGUUAGCGGCGCACGGCCACCCACGCCUGCAGGAUAUCCGGAUGGUCUUCCUAUCAUGCGUAUCUUCUUCGAUCGCAGUUUCCGCAUCCAAACAGGUCUACUCGAAUUCGCGCGUGAAAUCGUCUUCACGAUCGUUGCCAUGCAACCGACGCUACAGACGCUGGACGUGACUGUUCCAGUCAUCUCCUUCGGAAAUGCAUGGCCCGUCGAAGGAUAUCUUCCUACGGAGUCUCGCGAGAGAUUUGCCGAGGUGGAGAGUACCGUACUCACUCGCUUCUUCACCUUGAGUGCGCGUACCGUCAAUGACGGUGGUCUACUACCGUCUUUGACGUCCAUUAACCUGCGUUGUGUAUCAGACGCGCUGCAGUCCGACGCCGUACAGUCGAUGUCAGACUGCAUCGCUCGCUUACGAGAUAAAGCGGGCCACUCUUUCGACUUGGAUCUCACUGUGCAAGAGCUGCGGGAUCGCCCUACAUUCGAUGAGAGUUGCGGGGAACCAGGAUGGGGGUUCUGGUCUGGGCCAAUAGCCUUGCCGCCGCGUCCUGACCUAGGUGCAUUGCACAUCGCAGGAGUCAAUACAAGGAUAAGAUGGGUAUAG